UUCGUUUGUGAGUGUUUGGGGAGAUUGUCCCUCGUUUUCCGCGCGCACGCUUUUCAAACUACUAAACGGUGCGUUUUUUGCAAAAAAUUUCUAUAGGAAAGUUGCUUUAAAAAAUCAUAUUAAUCCAUUUUUGAAGUUUAAAAUAGUUAAUACUCAAUUAAUCAUGUGCUAAUGGCUCACCUCGUUUUGCGUAUCUUCCCAAUCUCCCCAAUCUCCCCAAUCUCCCCAAUCCUCAAACACACCCUUAGUCGCUCCCUUACCUACAUGGCACCAAGCCACCUUGACAGGCAACGGCAGUUUUACUUAGCUGAGCAUUUAUUUAUACAUGCAUGCACUCUUGUCUUUGGACCUUGACAAGCUAGCACAUAACUGAACUGAGCAAAGCAACGCAGCAAGUCCAUGAGGAGGCUGGCGGUGGCUGCGGCGGCGCUGCUCCUCGUCGCAUGGCACUUCUCCCUGAUAACAAUGGCAGCGGCGCAGCUGUCACCGCCACAGCCACCGGACGACCAAUACGACGACCCGCCCAUGCCUGGGCUCCCGGUGUCACCACCGUCGCCGGGGUAUUCCGAUUCGCCGGAGCCGCCGCUGCCGGAUUCCCCGCCAUCACAGGAGCCUGACACGCCGGAGCCAGCACCACCAACGCCGCCCCAGCAGCAGCAGCAGCCGUGGCAGUCUCCAUUGCCACCAAGGAGGGAGCCGGCGCCGCCGCGGACGGUGGUGCCGCCGCAGGAGCCGGGCUGGUCUUCAGUGCCGCCACCGCCGGCGAGGGUGAUCAACUACACCACCACCGGGUGUACCACCAUGCUGGUGUUCGGUGACUCGACGGUGGAUCCCGGCAACAACAACCGGCUGCAGACGGCGAUGAAGGCCAACUUCUUGCCGUACGGCGCCGACUUCCUCGGCGGCAGGCCCACCGGCCGGUUCAGCAACGGCCGGCUCAUCACGGACAUACUCGCGGAAAAACUAGGUAUAGCGAGGAGUAUUCCAGGAUUCCGCGACCCAAGGUUGAGGUCAGGACAGCUCAGGAGGGGUGUGAGUUUUGCAUCAGCAGGUUCCGGGUAUGACGAGGCCACUGCCAGAAGUUCGAAUGCACUGUCAUUUCCCAACCAAAUAGAGGACCUUUGGCGUUACAAAAGGAACCUGCAGAGGUUAGUUGGACGAAGAAGAGCAGAAGAACUAGUCAGGAGGGCUACAUUCGUCGUAAGUGCUGGAACAACAGAUCUGCUUUUUCACUAUCUUGCCUCAAACCAGUCAGCAGCAGAGAGCGGCCCACAGUACGAAAACCAGCUGAUAUCACGCGUUGCUAACUACACCCAGGUGAUGGCAGCACUUGGAGGAAGGAGAUUUGUCUUUGUUGGAGUGCCCCCAAUUGGGUGUUUACCUAUUGCUAGAACAUUGCUAGGCACAGGUACAACCAGAUGCCAUGAAAACAUGAACUUGCUGGCAACCUCAUUUAAUGAGAGGCUAGUUGAAGUGGUGCGUCUUCUAAAGAAUCAACCAAAUAUCAGGGCUACAUUUGUUGAUACUUAUACAACCAUCGGCAUGGCAACAAUAAGCCCCAAUAACUAUGGCCUGACAGAAACCUCAAGAGGUUGUUGUGGAACAGGAGUUAUUGAAGUUGGGCAAACAUGCAGAGGCCGAAGAGCAUGCACACAUCCCAGCAAGUACAUAUACUGGGAUGCUGCCCACCACACGGAGAGAAUGAACCAAAUUAUCACAGAGGAAGUGAUAAUGAACUCAAUUGGAGAAAUUUAUGCCUAGCUCACGAUUGUGAAUUCAGAUUUGCAGCCCGACAAAUCAAUUUAGCAUCCUAAUUUACUGUGGUGCAUACGAGCACAUAGAACAAUAGUUCAGUAGAAGAGAUCGAUUAUAUAAUAUUUUUCAUACAAAAUAUGCUGUGUGCGAAAGAGAGUGUUACAUCAUAGACGCCCAAGACCUAUGAUGUCAACUGAAGUGGUUACCAUUCAUUCUACUUUCACUGUGAUCUAUAAUUGUACACUUGACAACUCUUACAGGGUGUA